UUUUUAGACGAAAAAUAUACUAAAACACACAAAACAAGGAAAAAUAAUGCAAUUUUUCAAAAAUUUGGAGACAUUUUCGUCCGAUUUAUGACAAAUUUAAAUGGAUUUUAAUUUUUGUCAUAAAACUUUAUCACCCUGCAUAUCCGUAACGAAGCUUUAUACGACUAUCGUAUGUUUGACAAAUUAGUGUUAUUUUUCGAUAUAGAAUAUGUAGUUGCAAUUUUUUGCAAUAUUAAAAAAACAGCUUGUAUAUUAAGUAUUUUUAAAAUGACGCUAUACAGAGUGAUUCUUGUACUAAACUUCCAAUGCAGCUACGACUUUGAAAUUUUGUACGCGACCAAAAUCGGCCAUUUUUGAUUUUGAAAUUUGAAAUUUUAAACCACUCAUUUUUUACACUUUCGAAUUACUCAAGUUGUCAAUACUUAUCUGUCAUAGUUUUUAACAUAUCUCAAUUUUUUGUCGAAAUUUUCGAAAAUCACAGCAACUCUUUGCAAUAAGUGAGUUUUUUUGCAUUUAAUAACCAAUCAAAAUUAUCAACUGUCAAAUUUCAAGACUAGUAUAAUUUUUGAAAAAUGAUAGUUUCAAACUGCUAUAAGUCAGUUUUUUCAAAAAUUUUUAAAAGAUUUUAUAGCCUGAGUUACACUGGAAGUUGAAAUGGUUCUAAUGUAGGCCUUGCAAAAAUCAGCCUGUAUAGUUUUGCGUUAUAAGACGGGACAUCCUGUAUAACGCAUGAUUUUUCAAAUUCGGCCUCAAAAAUGCAAAUUCUUGAGCUAGUUUGAAGGUCGACUUAUCAAAAGAUUGAAAGUUAAUUAAGUUGAGGUCAAGUCGGCUGCAUUGUAAUUUUCUUGUGUCCUUGAAUAUUGAAAAUAACUCUUGUUACCGACCACUGAUUUUUUUUACGAUUUUCAUUUGAAUAAUAAAAUUUCAUACAAAAUAAUUGUUUUCUGAGAAAUGAGAGAAAGAGAUUGUCAUGCAUGUAUCACGUGAUCGGGUGACGGGGAAAAGUCCAUAGAAAGAUUUCUGGUAGUUCACCUGAGUCGAGAAAUGCACUUUCUGUUUUUUUUUCCUGAUAAUUAUUAAUCACUUAUAAAUAUGCAAUUUAUAUUAAUAUGCAUUUAUUUCUUAUGAUUUUUUCACCGACCCAUCAAACGUAAAAAUCAACCCAUCAGUGCCUCCCAUGAAGGUCUCCCUUCAGUAUUAAUAAAAAUAGAAUUUUCCUCCGGAGGUGUGUCCGUUUGAUUUUCAAAGGCCACCAAUUGCACAAUUGUGGUAAAUUGCAUAAGACUGAAAGGUACAUGAGAAAAAUCCGCAAGGAUAAAACCAUGAUUGUCUUCAACAAGGGCAGUUGAGCGCGUUUUCUCGUACCAUCAUGUUCCCCCUUAUCAUUUUCCUCAGUCUGUGUUUCUUCUUCUGCAUCCAUUUCCACUGGAAACGCUUCCGGUUGUAUCGCAUGUCCUGGAAUAUUCCGGGCCCGGUGAAUCUCCCCUUCAUCGGCUGUGCUUACCUCUUCUACACCGGAAACGCAGCUGAAAUCGCCAAACGUUUCAUGAAGAUGUUUGACGACUACCCGGACUUGAGCAAAGCCUGGAUGGGCCCGGAUUUGUACUACUUAGUCACCAAACCGGAAUAUUUGGAGGUGAUUUUGAACCACAAUGCCACUCUCGAAAAAAUGGAACUUUACAAAUUCGUCAAACCCAUUGUCGGGGAUGGGUUAAUAUCAAGUCCGGUGAGAGUUUGGAAAAGACACCGGAAAAUUAUAGCACCGACUUUCAACCAAAAGGUUUUGAACCAGUUUCCGGGUGUGAUUAGUGAACAAGUGAAUUUUUUGAUUGAGUUACUUCACAAAGAGUGUGGAAAAGGAGAAAUUGACCAUUGUAAGUAUGUAACAAAUUGUGCCAUUGAUAUUGUUGGUGAAACCAUUUUUGGAGUCUCACUCAAUGCCCAAAAUGGUACCAAGUCGUAUAGUCACAUUUUUGACCAAUGGAUGGAAGUUGUCUUUAUGAGAAUUUUCCGACUAGAUUACCAAUUCGAUUGGGUUUUCUCCUGGACCAAAGCCAACAAAAUCCAAGACCAAGUCAAAAAUUUAAUCCAAAGUAUGACUCGGGAGAUAAUUGAGAAGAAGAAGGAACAAAUUGGGUGUCAACUGGAAGCCGAUGAAGAAAAAAAGAAGCCUUUCUUGGACCUUCUGGUCGAAAAAUUCCUCAAUAAGGAGCUAACCCAAGAAGAAUUAGAAGACGAAGUUAACACCUUCCUAUUAGCUGGAUCUGACACAAACGCCACUUCGGGAUCGUUCAUUUUGACACUUCUUGGGAUGCACCAGGAUGUCCAAGAGAAACUUUACAACGAAGUGACCGAAAUUCUGGGCCCGGAGCGGCCCCCAACCCUUGACGAUUUACCCAAACUCAAAUACACCGAACGUGUGAUUAAAGAGUCGCUCCGGGUAUUUCCGGGCGCCCCCUUCGUGGCUCGAGUCGUCGAACAAGAUGUGAAUUUGGGCGAUGUGGUGGUCCCCAAAGGCGCAAAUAUCGGUCUUGGUUAUUUGCAUUUGCAUAGGAGUGAGAAGUAUUGGGAACAACCGUUGAAAUUUGAUCCUGAUCGGUUUCUACCGGAAAAAUCGCUAAAUAGGCAUCCAUACACGUGGUUGCCUUUUUCCGGAGGGCCCCGGAACUGUAUAGGUUGGAAGUAUGGAAUGCUGGUCAUGAAAAUAAUGGUAGCAAUGGUUAUACGAAAAUUCCGGGUUACGAGUUCGAUCAAGUCGAUUGGAGAUAUCGAAUUAACGGCAAAUAUUGUUCUAAAACCCAAAAAUGGGUUCAGGCUAGCUUUCCAGCAGCGUUAGUUGUUUUUAUUUGUAUAUUUGUUGUUGAAUAGAAAUAAAUAAAAACAAAACGUU